AUGUCGAUGGUAAAAGUGCUUCUGUUUGUAAACGGGCUUAAAUCCCGAAACAAGGAUGUACAGAACAAAGCAAUCAAGGAUCUGUCGCUGUACGUUAAGACGGAGCUUCGCGAAACUCCGGACGAUAUGUUCUUCGAGGAUUUCAACCACCAUAUCUUCGAGAUGCUCACAAGCCCGGAUAACAAUGAAAAAAAGGGAGGAAUAUUGGCUAUCGAUUGUCUCAUCAACGGUGACGUCGUGAAUACAACAAACAAAAUUUCCCGGUACUCGAACAAUCUGCGCAACCUAUUACCCGUCAGCGACGUUUGCGUGAUGGAGUUGGCAGCGACGGUUCUGGUAAAGUUGGCCCUGCUGCCCGGCUCGAAUGGUGCCAGUUCGUUUGAAUUCGAUAUUAAGCGUGCCUUCGAAUGGCUAUCGGAAGACCGGGUGGAAAACAAGCGUCAGGCAGCGGUAUUGGUGUUGCGCGAGCUCGCUGUUGCCAUGCCGACCUUUUUUUAUCAACAAGUUGGAAGUUUCUUUGAUCAUAUAUUCGUCGCAAUAAAGGAUCCAAAGGCGGCCAUCCGGGAAGGGGCGGGCCAGGCGCUCAGGGCCGUGCUCAUCCUGACGUCGCAGCGCGAAGGAACGAAGCAAAACAACAAUACCCAGUGGCAUAUGAAUUGUUACGAUCAGGCAUUCGAAUGUUUGCGGGAUACGGUAGGACGAGAAAAGAAUUUGAAUCGAGAUGAUCGUGUGCACGGUGCGCUGAUCGUGUUCAAGGAAAUACUGCGCUGUUCGCACGCGGCCUGGGAGAAACAGUACAUGAAGCUGGAUAAUUUAAAUGUCGACCAGAAACGAUCGAUACGUGGACAGAAGGAUGAGGAGGGCCGUCGGUUUAUGCCACGUAUUCGGGUGCCUUUUAUGGAGAAACUCGGCAACCAUACGGGGCACGGUUCCGCCAGCUACAGCUCACGCUACUAUGAUGUCGUGACGGAUCUGAAGUUUUUCCGCCAGAACAACAGUGUGCAGGAGUCUGCACUUUACAGAGCGUUAGUGAGGGAAAAGUACGACACUAUCUGCCAAGCUGUGCUGGAUCAGCGCAGUUCAAAAUCUCCCUACGUUAUUCAGACACUGCUGGCAAUUUUCCCGCGCUUGGCAGCGUUCAAUCGGGAAGAGUUUGUGCGGCUACAUCUGCGCACGGUGGCAAACUAUUUGCUCACCUUGCUAAGGAGCAAGGAAAAGGAACGCAAUGCCGCGUUCAUAUCGCUCGGGUACAUUGCUGUGGCGGUUGAGAAGGAAAUCGAACCAUACACGAAACGCAUCAUGGAGUUAAUUGGCAGUGCGUUGCCACCGAAAGACACGCCAAGCAAACGGAAAACCCCGGUCGAUCCAUCAGUGUUUAUGUGCGUUAUGCUGCUAGGGCACGCCCUUAAAGGUGGUAUAACCCAUGAAGUUAAGGAGAUUGUAGCGCCCAUGCUGUCGACAGGUUUAAGUCCGGCGUUGAUCAUCUGCCUGCGGGAACUGUGCGAAACGGUACCGCUAGCACAGCCCGAAAUUACUGCCGGUCUGCUGAAGAUACUGUCCUACGUGCUAAUGAACCGCCCGUUGCCACAAUUUAUCGUCCCCAAGUCCCACUCGGUUCAGCAAGUGCACGAUACGGCUACGAUCGUCUUGGCAUUGCAAACGCUAGGCACAUUUAGCUUCGAAGGAUGCAGCUUGCUACAAUUUGUACAGCGCUGUGCCGAUCACUUUCUCAACAGCGAGCAGCAAGAGAUCCGCAUCGAGGCGGUGCAGACGUGUACGCUGUUGUUAAAAUUAGCGCUCCAGGCAGCGGACAGCAAUGGGAAUGAUGUGUCCGAAACGCUCACACAAACACUCAGCUCGGUGCUGGAGAAAAUCCUAGUCGUCGGCAUCACGGACGUGGAUCCGGCUGUGCGAUUGAGGGUGCUUAAAUCACUUGACGAAAGCUUCGAUACACAGCUGGCCCAACCGUGGUUUCUUAGCUCGCUGUUAGUGACCAUUCAUGAUGAGGUGUUUGAAAUACGGGAGCUUGCGAUCAUCAUUAUUGGCCGGCUAUCGACGAUAAAUCCGGCGUACGUGAUGCCAAGUCUGCGUAAAACGAUGGUACAACUGCUGACGGAAUUGGAACACUCGGGUGUUAGCCGAAAUAAGGAGCAGAGUGCGAGAAUGUUGGACCAUCUGAUCGUGAGUACACCACGGUUGGUAGCGUCUUACAUGCGCCCGAUACUAACGAUCCUCGUGCCGAAGCUAAAGGAACCGGAUCAGAACCCGAGCGUGGUGUUGAACGUUCUGCGCGCAAUUGGGGAUUUGGCCGAAGUAAUAGGCGGUCAUCAUGUGCUGCAGAAAUGGUCAGACGAGCUGCUGCAGCUCCUGCUCGACAUGCUCAGUGAUGCGGGUUCUACGGAAAAGCGUGCUGUUGCACUAUGGACAUUUGGGCAGCUUGUCAGUGCCACUGGGCAAGUAGUGGUACCGUACAACAAGUAUCCGAAUCUGAUUGACAUACUGAUAAACUUUUUGAAAACCGAGCAGCAGCUGUAUGUCCGGCGGGAAACGAUUCGAGUGCUUGGACUGCUUGGCGCACUCGAUCCUUACAAGCAUAAGAUGAACCGUGGCUUGAUCGACAGUCAGACGAGUGCAAACAUCCUAAUUUCGGUCGACACGAAAAGCGAUGAACCGACCGACCUUUCCACAUCGGAAAUGCUAAUUAACAUGAGCACACAGCUGGACGAGUACUAUCCGGCGGUGGUAAUAUCGACAUUGAUGAAAAUUUUACGCGACCCAACCCUAUCAAACCAUCAUCUCAGCGUUGUGCAGGCAAUCACAUUUACGUUUACCAGUCUGGGCAUAAAGGGAGUGCCGUACCUUUCGCAGGUGCUGCCCUGUCUGCUUCGGAACAUCGUAACAGCCGAGAUGAGCCUUAAGGAGUACCUGUUUCAACAACUCUCCACGCUGAUAUCGAUCGUGAAGCAACACAUUAUCGGCUUCAUGGACGAUAUCUUCGAACUGAUCAAGACGUUCUGGACCACCGGUGGUGGCGGUGGUCAGGGCGUUGGUACGUCAUCGUCAACGGCAUCGGCCGCAUCCCUGCAACCGACCAUCAUUAAUCUGGUGGAAAAGAUUGCCAUUGCGUUGGGCUGUGAGUUUAAAGUGUAUCUACCUCAGCUGAUGCCGCAAAUAUUGCGCGUCCUGUUACACGACACCUCGAAGGAUCGUGCCGUCACCGUGAAGCUGCUCGGUGCCAUGCGCAACUUUGGCAACAAUCUGGACGACUAUCUGCACCUGAUCAUACCAGCGAUUGUGAAGCUGUUCGAACCGCUUGACAUUCCGCUGAACGUUUCCAUUACGGCGCUGCAAACGAUCAACUAUCUUGCCGAAGUCCUCGAUUUUACCGAUUUUUCUUCCCGCGUCGUACAUCCGCUGGUGCGCGUGAUCGACAAUUAUCCCGAGCUAAGGCCCGUUGCGCUGACGACACUCUGCUCGAUCAUGAUACAGCUGGGGCGCAAAUAUUUGGUGUUUGUGCCGCUGGUAAAUCGAGUCAUGAUUAAGAACAAGGUACCGUCGGUGGAAUACACGAAGCUGCUGACCAAGCUGCAGAACAACAGCACGCUUGCGAUGGACGAUGAGUUCCGCAUACGGCAGGCAAGGAACCGGAAUCGGGAAAUUUCGCUACCGAGCGAUAGCACGAUCAAGAAGUUCCCCGUAUCGAUGUCCGAUCUCGAAGCAAUGUUUAAGGCGAAUCGGCGCGUCUCCAAGGACGAUUGGUUGGAGUGGUUACGGCGGCUAAGCAUAAUACUGCUGAAAGAGUCGAAAAACCCGGCGCUGCGAUCGUGUGCAACGCUGGCCCAAAAUUAUCCUCAGCUGUUGAAAGACCUGUUCAAUGCGGCAUUCGUGUCUUGCUGGUCGGAUCUAUCGGACAAGUUAAAGCAAGACCUUGCGCACAGCCUUACGCAAGCGCUGACGGUACAGGACCUGCCGGAAAUUACCCAAACGGUACUGAAUUUAGCCGAAUUUAUGGAACACUGUGAAAGCUAUCCGCUCAAGAUCGAUUCGAAGAUUUUGGGCGAACGCGCGAUGGAAUGUCGGGCGUACGCGAAAGCCCUCCACUACAAGGAGGAGGAAUUCCAUCAGACGCAGGAUCACCACCAGUCACUGUUUGAGUCGCUCAUUCUCAUAAACAACAAGCUGCAGCAGAAGGAAGCGGCCGAAGGGUUGCUGGAGUACGCCGGACGGCACCGGUCCAGCGCAGAGGAAAUGAAGGUUCAAGUGCGCUGGUACGAAAAGUUGCACAGCUGGGAACAGGCACGAACGCUUUAUUCGGAAAAGCUAAAAACUAACCCGAACGACCUCGAAUCGCGACUGGGUGAGAUGCGUUGCCUGGAAGCGUUGGGUGAAUGGUCCGCACUGAACGCCGUAACGACGGAUAACUGGGAUACACUGGGAUCGGAGGGACAGAGCAAAGCGGGUCGAUUAGCGGCUGCUGCCGCGUGGGGUUUGCAAGACUGGGAAGGUAUGCAUCGGUUCGUACGCUGCAUUCCCGAGGACACGCAGGAUGGCGCCUUCUACAGGGCCGUGCUGGCCGUACACAAUGAGCAGUACGAGGUCGCGCAAAGUUUGAUCGAUUCGACGCGCGAUCUGCUCGACACGGAGCUGACCGCUAUGGCGGGUGAGUCGUACGAGCGGGCAUACGGUCCGAUGGUGUGCGUGCAGAUGCUAGCCGAGCUGGAGGAAGUGAUCCAGUACAAGCUGAUCCCGGAGCGACGUGAAACGAUCAAGUCUAUGUGGUGGGACCGGUUGCUGGGAGGACAGCGUCUCGUCGAGGACUGGCAGCGUGUGAUUCAGGUGCACUCGUUGGUGUUGUCGCCGAAGGAAGACAUCCGUACGUGGCUGAAGUUUGCCUCGUUGUGCCGCAAGAAUGGUUCGUUAAAGCUAUCCGAAAAAACGCUUGUAAUGCUGCUUGAGCACGAUCCGAUGCAGAACCUGGGUGAGCCGCUUCCGAUCGAUAAACCGCACGUAACGUUCGCAUACACGAAGCAUCUACAUAUGGCCGGGUACGUGAAGGAAGCUUACGACCAUCUGAACCGCUUUGUGGCGUCUUUCAGCCCGCAGGCCUUCACCGCCAGUAGCGGAGCGGGUGGGCAGGACGAUUUGAAGGAUGAGAACCGGCGGCUGUUGGCCAGAUGUUUCUUGAAGCUGGGCAUGUGGCAGAGCAGUUCCACCAGUGGCAAUCUGCUGAAGGAGCAUCUGGUGAACGGGAUUCUCGUAUGCUACAGCCGAGCUACGAAGCACGAUCCGAACUGGUACAAGGCGUGGCACAAUUGGGCGUACAUGAACUUUGAGGUGGUGCAGGCUAAGAAGCAGCAGGAAGAGUACACCAAAAAUCCGGGCAGUGCUGCCGAGCGGACGCUGAUUAAGCAUUACGCCGUACCAGCGGUGCGUGGCUUCUUCCAGUCGAUCAAUCUCUCCCAGGGCAAUUCGCUGCAGGACACCUUGCGGUUGCUUACCCUCUGGUUCGAUCACGCCCAGUACGAGGAAGUUUACGAAGCGCUGGUCGAAGGAAUGCGUGUAAUCGAUAAAAACACGUGGCUCCAGGUGAUACCGCAACUGAUCGCACGAAUCGACACACCGCGCAAUUUGGUCGGACAGCUGAUUAACUAUCUGCUGACGGAGAUUGGCAAAACGCACCCGCAGGCCCUGGUGUAUCCGCUUACGGUGGCAUCAAAGUCAGCACCGGGCACCCGCAAACAGGCCGCUCACAAAAUAUUGAACAACAUGUGCGAACAUUCGAAUACGCUCGUCAACCAGGUACUGCUGAUCAGCGAGGAGCUGAUUCGGGUGGCCAUCCUGUGGCAUGAACAGUGGCACGAGGGACUGGAGGAAGCGUCCCGACUGUACUUCGGGGAGCAGAAUAUAGAAGGCAUGUUUGCGACGUUGGAGCCCUUGCACGCUAUGCUACAGCGCGGACCGCAAACAUUGAAGGAGUCGUCGUUCAACCAGGCAUACGGACGUGAUUUGUCCGAAGCACAGGAAUGGUGUAGAAAUUAUAAGAGUACGAAAAACGUGCGCGAUCUAAACCAGGCAUGGGAUUUGUACUACCACGUAUUUAGGCGCAUUUCGCGCCAGCUGGUGCAACUCACCUCGCUGGAGCUGCAGUACGUUAGCCCGAAACUGCUCGCCUGUCGCAACCUGGAACUGGCCGUUCCGGGUAGCUAUACGCCCGGUCAACCAUUGAUUUGUAUCGCCAGCAUCGAAACGAACCUCACGAUUAUCAGCUCGAAGCAGCGGCCACGGAAGCUGUGCAUUCGGGGUUCGAAUGGUAAAAACUACAUGUUCCUGCUGAAAGGCCACGAAGAUUUGCGCCAAGACGAGCGUGUGAUGCAACUGUUCGGGCUGGUAAACACGCUACUGCUGAACGAUCGCGAUACCUUCCGGCGCAAUCUAACGAUUCAGCGGUAUGCGGUGAUACCGCUCAGCACUAACUCGGGUCUGAUCGGUUGGGUACCGCACUGUGACACGCUGCACAAGCUGAUCCGCGACUAUCGCGAUUCGAAGAAAAUGAUGCUAAACAUCGAGCAUCGGAUCAUGCUGCGGAUGGCGCCGGAUUACGAUCACCUGACGGUGAUGCAGAAGGUCGAGGUGUUUGAACAUGCGCUGGAACAGACGAAGGGUGACGAUUUGGCCAAGCUGCUCUGGCUGAAAAGCCCAUCCUCGGAGCAGUGGUUUGAUCGGCGCACCAACUACAUCCGGUCGUUGGCGGUCAUGUCGAUGGUCGGGUACAUUCUGGGACUCGGCGAUCGCCACCCUUCGAACUUGAUGUUGGAUCGGUUGAGUGGAAAAAUUCUUCAUAUCGAUUUCGGUGAUUGUUUCGAGGUCGCUAUGACACGAGAGAAGUUCCCGGAGAAGAUUCCCUUCCGUCUGACGCGUAUGCUAAUCAACGCGAUGGAAGUGACCGGAAUCGAAGGAACGUACCGGCGCACCUGCGAGAGCGUUAUGCACGUGUUGCGACGCAACAAAGAUAGCUUGAUGGCGGUGCUGGAAGCGUUCGUGUACGAUCCGCUGCUAAAUUGGCGUCUGCUGGAUUCGGACCGGUUGCGUCGAUCGAAGAAUGCGGGUGAAAUGGACAGUGGGUCGGAUAGCAUACAAGAGGAUUCACUGUUGAGCUACAGCGCCAGAAGAGACGCACCGGCUCCUGCUGGAGGUGAUGCACCGGAUGGGAAUUUCCCUGUCGUGCAGAAUCCGGUCGAUGUGACGAAUAAAAAAGCCCGUGCUAUUGUGGACCGUGUGAAGGACAAACUGACCGGUAAGGAUUUCGGUAAAGCAGAGCCAGUAGCCGUCAAUCGGCAGAUAGAUUUGCUGAUUCAACAAGCGACGAGUAACGAAAAUCUUUGCCAGUGCUACAUAGGAUGGUGUCCAUUUUGGUAA